AUGAAUUCAAACAAAGAAUUUGGUCAUUUGGGUGAUGUAUCUUCUCAGAAGGAAAAACUACAACAAGUAGACAGUUCAAACAAAUCAAAAUUUGAUCAAUUAUCAGAUGAGGAGAAGUUAAAAUUAGGUAAAGGAGAAUAUGGGAAAUCCGAAGGUAAAACAGAGGGCAACCUAGGUAAAACAGAAGGUGAAACGAAGGGGAAUUUGGGUAAAUCAGAAGGUAAUUUAGGUAAAUCAGAAGGUAAUUUAGGUAAAGCUGAAGGUAAUACGUUAGGUAAAGUAGAAGGACAAUCAAAAGUUGAAGGACAAACUAAAAUAGAGACCAAUUCAGCUGGUAAAGUUGAAGGUAAUGCUGGUAAAGCUGAAGGUAAUUACGGAAAAGUUGAAGGUGAUAAAAAAUAA